GCCUGAUGUUCGUCUUGCUGUGUGAGUUCGUUGGCAGGGGAAGCUAUGUGUGCAGGACCGUGCGCCGAGCCCGAGGGGCCGUAGACAUACAGAAACAGAGUAGUUGAGCUGCAUGUCCAGGAGUCGUUGAGAGUAUGAACGUGGUAGAGCCAGCUCAAAGGAGCUUGUUAUCCGCUCUUUCUAUCUGUCUGAACUUUUCUUGUCGUGUCACGGGCGCGGCUCGCAGUGUCUACCUUUGUCGGAGGCGGAGUGGCGUUGCAAAAGUUGCCUCUACAACUUCAACAUCAUCUCAGAGGAUUUGCAUUGAUUCGGUGUUUAUUGUUAUCUUCGAAAACUUUGAGAGUGAGAGAGGCUAG